AUCAAUUAAAUUUCUCCAUUAAAUAGUCAAAUCCGGCAGCACAUUCCCACAAAGAAAAUCAUUUCGUUUUGAUUAUUCCUCCUUAUAUUUUAAGCCUUGAAUAACUCUUAACAAAAUGCAGAAGUUUCAACUUUUGCAUUUGUUCAUCUUGAUUUCGUUAACAACGAAAUUAACAGAAGCUCAGAGUUCCAUGAAGACAGGAUGCAGUCGUAGAUGUGGGAACGUUUGGAUUCCAUUCCCUUUUGGGAUUGGAAGAAACUGUUCUCUGAACAAAUGGUACACUGUUGAUUGUAACUCCUCGACACCAUAUCUAUCUGCACUCAACCACUUGGAGAUACUCCGUGUAGACAUGUAUCAACAAACGGUCACUGUUAAUGGCUCCAUGAACAUUGAUCAUUGUAAGAAUCCAGUCCAAAAUAGCAAUCUUGUGUUAAGCGGAAGUCCAUAUCGAUUUUCCAGACUUAAUAACAUAUUUGUUGUUGAGGGAUGUGGAAAUGGUGUCAUCAUGCACAACGGGAGUAUUGUGUCUGGUUGUUCAACGACUUGUCAAGGUGACACUGUUAGUGACAGGAAGAAGUGCUUUGGCAUCGGUUGUUGCCAAUCUACAAUUCCUUAUGAUCUCGAGUCGUUUACCCUGAAUCUAACAGGCUUAGAAAGGCGAAGUGGAAAUCAAUCAUGUGUCUCUGCGAUGGUGGUGGAUUCGGAAACAUACUCUAGUGGCAUAUUUUAUGGCCAAAAUGUUCCGAUAUCACUUAAGUGGAUUAGAGAAUUCAAUCGUAAUUCAACAGGAUGCAUAAAUUGUGAACGUAAUGGAGGAGUUUGUGAUCCAUCUCCUGGCUCGAUAGCUGGCAUGACUUGUCAAUUUUAUGGCGACAACCCCACACUAGAGGCUACUAAUUUUGCACAAGCUCCAUUUUACUUGGAUUCGGGAUGGUUUGAUGCAUGUGGGGAGGUCUUGAUUCCACCCCCUUUCACGAUUGGAAGAAAGUGGUCUAGCAGCGAUUGGUAUACUAUUGAUUGCAACUCAUCAAAACCAUAUCUAUCUGCACUCAACAAUGUAGAGGUGUUGGGUAUAAGCUACGAACGUCAAACAGUGACUGUUAAUCUCCCUAUGAUUUCAGAUUGCCAGAAUCAGGCUUGGAAAGACAGAAUGGGAAUGGAAAAUGUGGAUCUGCCUACUUCGUUGAUAGGGAAUCCUUUGUUGAAGAAGUUGAUGCAGAACCAGAAUGUAGAGCGUGUAUGUAUAAUGGAGGGGAAUGUCACUAUGAUCCGGGUGUAA